AUGCAAUUUUGUUUUGAACUCAGUUUUGUUCUACGCGUCGCAGAAAAGCGAAUCUGUUGCAAUAUUUUCCCAUUUACCGGUCAGCAAAAAAAAUUUCAACGCAUUAUUUUCAAUCCAGUGCAACCUAAACUAGUGAUACAGUGCGAUAAAAUGAUUGGUUUAAGGAAAGCCACGUGCUAACGGCCGAUCUCUGCUAGCAGCUUGCGCCGAAAGUGAUAAGAGAUGGCCACCGGUAACAAUAGUGGUGACACGAACAAGAAAGAAACCUUCCGCCAGCGGCAAGAAACAGAAUUGGAAGUAAUUCGUUCCAUCUACGAGAGCCAGGUGGAAGAUUUACGACCGGCAGGAGGGAAAUGGUGUCCCCUGGAAGUACGACUACGACUUACCCCGCAAAAGGGUUCCGCCCGACAGGCAUACGUAAGAACGGACUUGCGAGUCAGUUGUAACAAAAAUUAUCCGAAAUACCCACCGAAGAUAGAGCUAGAGAAUACCGUUGGUUUGUCGGAUGAGUUGUCCAAUGAACUGCUGCAACAGCUGAAGCAACAAGCUGACGAACUGAAGGGUGAAGUGAUGAUCUAUGAGCUAGCAGGAACCGUGGAAAGUUUUCUCCACAAGUAUAAUGUACCACCAAAAGGAAGUUUCUACGAUGAAAUGUUGGCCAACCAGCAGCGACUGGCGAUGGUUCGACAGAACACUCUGAAGGCAGAAGAAGAUCAACGCCGGCAGGUGAUACAAGAUGAGUUGCAGAAGCGCAAGAAGGAACUACAGAGAACUAGGAAAGAAUCGAAACAUAGCGUAAACGAAGUUAGUCCCCUACAUCGAAACACCAGCUCGUCGGAGAAUAGCGACGGGAACAAUUUCAGGCGGUUGUCCAAUUUUUGUCUGGAUCACCGAAGGAGUGAGACUUUGUUCCUCCGGGACGGUAGGAAGAUUGUGAAGGGAUGCUGCUUGGGACACUCACAGCGAGGUUGUGUUGCAUAUUCUGGCAUCGAUGUUCAAACAGGGCAGCUGGUUUAUCUGACUGAAUGGAACAUUGAGUUCAACGAGGAUGGUAAGACGGUUAGUGGCCGGACGGCGGAGGAGAUUGUAGCAGAUAUCGAAAAGCAGGUGGCCGGUUUAGUUUCAUUAAGACACAAAAAUCUGAUUUCCUAUGAUGGAGUUUUGUGUAAAGUUGGAAAUGGUGGGAUUGAUAUCUUUUUGGUUCAAGAUUUCAUUUUGGGGACAAGCUUGUUUACGAUAUCCGGUUCGCUCGGGUGGUCAGCUGAAGGAGCCAGCAUGGUGGCCAAGGGUAUACUGGAAGCACUUAUUUAUCUUCAUAACAACGGAGUCUCGCACGAUAAUCUUUCUGAUUCCACCGUAUUCAUGGAUAAUUCCGGUAGCAUUAGAGUAGCGGAUUUUAAACUUAUUCCUUACAUUCAGGAGCUCAUAACUGGUCAACAGUGCGUACGAAGUGACCUUCCCUCGCUGGGAACAUUGGUCGAGUCUCUGUUUAAUGCACACUCGGAGAUGAAGGAUUUUAUUGAUCGUUGCAAAUCGGAACGUACGAUAUCGGCUUCUGAUCUUCUGGAGCAUCCGUUCCUGCGGCCUAUACUCUUUCAAGAUGUCUUGAAUAACCAUCUGCAACAUCGAGAAAUUAAGCCAUCUGACCAAUUGCCACCGGACAAAUCCCUCCACGUGAUGCCUGCUUAUAUGAACACUUCGUUGACUUGGGAGAAAUCAAGACUUCAAACCGAAUUCGAAGUUCUGUCCCAUAUCGGGAAAGGUGCCUACGGAGACGUGUUGAAAGUUCGAAACAUUCUGGAUAACCGUCAGUAUGCUAUCAAGCGUAUACUUCUGCCGGCACGCAGUAAACAGUUCUACAAAAAGAUGACCCGCGAAGUGGAGCUUCUGUCAAGGUUGAACCAUGAGAAUGUCGUUCGUUACUAUAAUAGUUGGGUGGAAUCUGUCAGUCCGGGAGAUGAUCAGCAUCAUGGGGUGGAAUCUAGCUGUGAUUGGUCCGUAAGCGCGGGAAGUGCUCGCAAACGAGUUGCCAAGAAGAAUAGCGAAAAGAAUUCGGACUGGGUGCUUGAUUGCAUGGCGAUAGAUUCCAGUAGCGACGACGACGAUGAUGAUGAAGAUAGUUCCGAUGGAAUAGAGUUUGUAAAUUCGCAAGGAGAAGUAGCGACAUACGCGAGCUUCAGUGAUGGUGUGACGCCGGAAAACGAAAAGGUAAAAACGAGUGGAGGGACGCCGGCAGUACCAGUGGAAAUGCUGUACAUGUACAUACAGAUGGAAUUUUGCGAGAAGAGCACGCUGAGGACCGCUAUUGAUUCAGGUUUGUAUCAGGACGUCGAUCGAGUUUGGCGCCUUUUUCGAGAAAUUGCUGAAGGGCUUAGUCACAUCCAUCAGCAGGGAAUGAUUCAUCGGGAUCUGAAACCGGUAAAUAUCUUUCUUGACUCACGGGAUCAGGUCAAAAUUGGAGAUUUCGGUCUAGCCACAACUAGUAUUUUAGCGCUUCAGAAUCAACAACAAGAACGCCUAACUCACAGCCAUCAGAUCAAAUCGUUAGAUAUGGGCAAUUCGCUUACGGGUAAAGUUGGCACUGCUUUGUACGUGGCACCAGAACUAACUGGAAAUGCUUCGAAAUCCACCUACAACCAGAAGGUUGAUCUAUACUCACUGGGAAUUAUUUUAUUUGAAAUGAGCACUCAGCCGCUUGCAACAGGGAUGGAGCGUGUGAAAACACUGAUGGACCUCCGGACGGAUACAAUCCGAUUCCCUGAAAGUUUUCUCAGCGAAAGCAAAUACUCGCAGCAGGUUCAAGUCAUCCGCUGGCUGCUGAACCACGAUCCUAGUAAAAGACCCACUGCCGAAGAGCUGCUUUCUUCCGAGCUGGUUCCACCGAUCCGCCUCGAAGCGGGAGAAAUACAGGACAUCGUCCGACAUGUGCUUUCCAAUUCACAAUCGAGACACUACAAACAUCUGAUAGCUCGCUGCUUCGCCCAGGAAAGCGAUACAAUCGGAGAACUUAGCUACCAUCUUGAUAUGGUUCCUAUCAUUCCGCACUUCGACUUCCUCAAAUCAAAAAUAGUUGAACUGUUCAGGAAGCACGGAGCGAUUGAAGUUGUAACUCCCCUCCUUACACCAUACACAAAGUCAACGGCCCGGAAUAACUCAGUCAAACUGAUGACCCACUCCGGCAGCAUCGUUUCCCUUCCCGAUGAUCUGAGAAUUCCGUUCAUGCGGCAUGUUGCAUUGAAUGGAAUUAAAUUCAUCCGACGAUACUCUAUCGGUCGGGUUUACCGAGAGAAAAAGGUUUUCACCUUUCACCCGAAACAGGUCUACGAGUGUGCUUUCGACAUUGUAACUCCAAACCGUGGUAACCUAAUCGUAGAUGCCGAGUUGGUCUCGAUAGCCAAUGAAAUCAUGCACGAAUUGAAUCUCCUCGAUCAACAGCGAAAUGUGUUCUUCCGUAUGAAUCACAUUAGCUUAUUGCGGUCAAUUCUACUGUACUGCAACGUUCCACUGGAUAAGUACAAAGAGCUUUUCGAAAUUGUGCUUGAUUUCCUGGAUGAAAAAAUCUCCAAAUUUCAACUGGUAGCCUCAAUCAAUAAUCAAAUCACACAACCGGGAGUCAAAAUCAACACUGCCUACCUCUGUGAGGCGCUUCAGAUAGAGCUACCACUGGGACAGAUCAACGGAACACUUCUCAAGGCAUUGAUCCGUGGGAAAGGGGAAGCUGCUAUGUUGGCUAAAGUGGCCAUCAGAGAACUGGAAACGGUUGUGUCUCUAGCCCAAGGAAUGGGCGUUCAAUGUCCGCUGAACAUUUGCCCCGGGCUGCCCAUCAACUAUGAACGAGCCAAGAGUGGUGGGGUGGUAUGGCAGCUGAUUGGAGCCCUGAAAACGAAAAAGAAAAACCCACUAACUACGAUUGCCGUUGGCGGCCGGUACGACGCUAAAUUAGUCGAAUUUCAAAAAUCCGGAAUCAACAAUGGUCUGCAGGUUCCUAAAGUUGAACUAUCCGGUGCUGGAUUCAGUUUUCAUUUGGAUAAGCUUGUUAACGCUAUUGGAUCUUCGCCGGGUUGCGAACCCGUAGAGGUCAUGAUCUGCAUCACUGGUUCUAGACCUCCCCUCCGGGAAGUCGUCCAAAUUCUUCGUUCUCUCUGGUCCAACGGAAUUAAAACUGGAGUGCUGGAAGGUGCCCUAUCGGUUGACGAAUCUGCAAAAGAGGUCGGUGCCAGCCUGGUAGUCAUGCUCGGUGAUGGUGGUGAACUUCGUGUUCGCUGUUUGGAUCAUGAUCGGUUUCACGAGCGGCACGUAACCCGUGUAGAACUAAUCGCUUAUACGUUGAGAAUUCUUCGACCAGAUUCGACAACAAACGAUAUAACAGUAUCUCUGCAAAAUACAUCCCUCACCAGUGCUACCUCAACCAAAAGUGCUCCUUCGUUGAGUGGUCAAUCGCAGAAUAGCAGCACUGCCUCGCUUGAUCUCAUCUUUCUUACCUCGGAGAAGAUUAAUACGAACAAAAAGCGACGCUACGAGAACCAGGUCGAACACAAACUUUCCCCCGUGCUGUCCAAGUUUCAAAAGAAGGAGAAAAUUUCCUUGAUCAUGGUUGACCUUCCGAAUGCCCCGCUCCGAGGGCUGAUCGGAUUGCUCGAUCCGACUGAGUGCGGAAACGAUGAUGAAUCAUCGCCGAAUUCGGUGGAACUGAAUGCCCUCAUUGAGCGGUACCCCAAGUACAAGCGUAACAUUAUGGAAAUUUACGGCGAAAUUGUGGAUAUUUUUAGCGAGAGUAAAGCGUUGCCCGUGGUCGGGGUGUACAGUGUGAUAGAUUCGUUCUGUCGACUCAUAUUGUAGGGUGCGUAACUAACUCGAGUAUUUUCGUCAGUGUAACACGUAAGCCUAAUGUUGUCUUAACAUAUUUGGCAUAAAACGCUUCUAAUGAUGAUUGAUUUCAUUUUUCGGAAGGAAUUUAAGUCAGUAAAAUAUAUUUUAUAUAUGUA